AUGUCGAACACAAUGAAGGAAGUUACCGUCUUUGGUGAGCCUUUCCACGCUGAGAUUAAGGAGGUCCCCAUCCCUUCUCCCUCCGCCGAUGAAGUCCUCGUCAAGGUCAUCUACACCGACAGUAACCCUAAAGACUGGAAAUAUCCUAUCAUGACCAGCACCCCCAUGAACCCCGGCGAUGACAUUGCCGGAUACAUCCAUAAAGUAGGCUCCAAUGUGACCGAAUUCAAGCCCGGAGACCGCGUUGCAGCCUUCCACGUCAUGCUCUCUCCCCAUGGCUCAUAUGCCGAAUAUGCCAUUGCCCCUGCAGCCACCACUUUCCACAUCUCAUCAAAAACCUCGUUUGAGGAGGCCGCUACAAUUCCUCUCGCAGCCAUGACCGCCGCAUUGGCGCUCUACCAGCAGUUCAGACUGCCACUCCCAUGGCUCCCAGCUCCAGAGGGCCAGAGAAACCCACUCAUCAUUUAUGGAGGCUCCUCAGCUGUUGGCGCAUUUGCCUUGAAGCUUGCAAAGCUCUCAAAUAUCCACCCUGUUAUUGCCGUCGCUGGGUCUGGAAUCGACUAUGUCAAGUCCCUCGGAGCGGCCGACCACAUCGUUGACUACCGCAAGGGCAACGUCGUUGCAGACCUGAAGGCCGCGCUUGGGGACGAGAAGUGCUACCUCGCCUUUGACGCUGUCUCAGAGAAAGGGUCAUUUGUCAACCUUUCAGAGGUUCUCCAGAACCCUGGUGGCAAGAUUGCGUUGGUGCUCCCGCGCAAAGAGGACUACCAGGAGAUCCCGAAAGGAAUUGAGCAGAUGAGGACCUGGGUUGGAUCAGUACACAAGGGCAAAUUCCCUGGUGAUGUUGGUGAGGGAAUGGGGGAUCUGGACUUUGGCUGGAUGUUUUACAGAUACCUGGGACGUAUGCUGGCCACUGGAAAGUUUUCCGGACAUCCGGCGACGGUGGUUAAGGGUGGGCUGGAGGGCAUUGAGAAGGGCCUUAUUGAUCUCAAGGACGGAAAGGCCAGCGCAACAAAAUACGUGUACCAGGUUGCAGAUGAUAAGUAUUAG